CUGCUCAAAAGUGACAGUUCGUAUUUUCUUUUGUUUACAUGCGGCUUGCUGAUUCGCCAUUUGUCCAAUAAGAUUUUGUUAAUAAUUUAUUUUCAUCUAAAAUAAAUACAAUUAUGGCUACUGAAGAAGAACAGAUCCAAGUAAUUCCAGUCAAAGAACCACUCGACUUGAUUCGCCUCAGUUUGGAUGAGAAAAUUUAUGUCAAAAUGCGCAAUGAGCGGGAACUUCGCGGGCGAUUGCAUGCAUUUGAUCAACAUUUAAACAUGGUUCUGGGAGAUGCUGAAGAGACAGUGACCACAGUUGAAAUCGAUGAGGAAACUUAUGAAGAAGUAUACAAGACAGCCAAGCGGACAAUUCCAAUGUUAUUUGUUCGUGGUGAUGGAGUUAUUCUUGUUUCGCCACCAAUGAGAGCUGGUUAAUAUUAUUUAUAUCUUCUUUUUUGUUUAAAUUAAAUUAAAUAAUA